UUAAGAAUAACAGUAAUACAAAAUAAAUAUUGCUAGUAGCUUGGACGUUAAGACUAAUCAACUAAUCAAGAAAAAACGUUAAAGAAAAUGCUGGUUUUUGUCGGAAUUGUAUUGUGCGCCGCGUCGCUUUUAAUAAAUAUCAUAGGGCUGGCAAUACCGUAUUGGAAUUAUGUAAGUGCAGGCGAUUUGAAACACUAUUACGGAUUAUGGUCGGCAUGUACAUCUGAUGGCGGAAAUAGUGUUUGUAUUGACAUCCCAGAUGCCAUUCUAGAUGGCGCUUUUAAGGCAGCUCGAGCUAUGGAGAUACUGGGCAUGCUCUUAAUACUGGCGGCUCUUGUGUGCGUUCUUCUUAAACAGUUUGUCAUAAAGGACCAAGCACUCCUUCCUAAAAUCGGAGCAGGUUUAGCCAUAGUUUCUGGAAUCUUCAUGAUCAUCGGCACAAUAAUUUAUGCCACUCGAGACGGCUUGGACUCGAGCAAUUUGCAUGCCGGAUUUGCCCUUUGCAUUAUUGCUGGCAUCAUAGGAAUCGUCGCGGGAGUAGUGGUUUUUAUGGCGUCCAAAGGCGAUUAAACUUAUCAUUCUACACGUCACUGAUUCAAGCCUAAAGGAAGACAAUGGACUUUUCUUCCAUAUAUUUUAUGCAGGUGUAAAAAAGUUUGUGUAUACCUGAAACAUGAAAGACGUUGUUUUUUUUAUUUUUAUAUACU